AUGUCGAUCGAAUCGCUCCACCAAUUGGCCUCAACGAAAAUGGCCGAGUACAUUUUGAAUGGUAAGUACACAAUUUCCCAAUUUUCCAUUAUAAUCCAAUGUUUUCAGGCUCCAUCGACACAUCCUCCGCGAGUUUCUCUCAAAAGCAGAGUAACGCCAUCUUCGAGAAACUAGUCCAGCUCAAGAAGCCGGAAACUGGCCGAAAUCAGAGACUGCUAGAGCAGUUAGCCGGUCUCAAUGUGAGCAGGGUUAGCUUGAAGAACGUCGAAGUGACGUCGAGUGACGUGACACUUCUUGGCAAGCAGGAGCUCGAGACUUUUGCACUCGGCCGUACAAAUCUGCUCAUGGAUGCGUAUCGCUUUGAGAACGGUGAGUUAUAUUACAUAUUGAGGGGCCAGUCCAUUUUUUAUCCAGUCACAAUCUAUCAUCACUUCACCGUUCCUGCUCCCUGAGAAUAGCCCGCAAAGUUCAAAUGGGGCCCCGCCCCUUUCAAGCGUUCAAUUCUUGCAAGUAGCGCGCGCAGUUUUCGCAACGCUGUCGCACGCAUUGCUCUGAACACCGAAUUCUUGAAAAUUAAAGCAGAAAAUUAUUUUUUUGUUAUCAAAACCUAUUCUGUCGCCUUGUUGCAUCUUCUUUUCAGAAUAAAAAACACUUAGAACCAACAACGAACGUUUUUUCACUUGUUUUUUCACUGUCGAACUGAAGAGCAAAAUGCGUGCGGCACCGUUUCGCCUGGAAGAUGCUUGUCACUUUUGUGUGACACUUUUCAUUCAAUCGUACAACUUUGAAGAACGCUCUAAUUUCAGAACCCACCAGCCUGGACAUUGUCUCCCUCCUCGAGAAGAUGUUCAACGCCGCCACCCGCCAAUCCCUCCGGCAUCUGGACAUUAGCGGAUGCGAAAGUUUCAAUGGAGACUGGCUCAGAGCCAUUGGAUCCGUGCUGCCGAACCUUGUGAGCCUGAAUGUAGCUGGAAGAAGGCCGGUCGACAUUCGGGUUCUUGCUCAGAGCUUUCCGGGACUCCAAUGCUUGAAUGUCUCGAAUUGUGACAUUGACAGUUUGGAUGGCAUCUCUGGAAUGCGUGGACUUCGAGUCUUGAUCAUGGAGAAUCCGUACAAGAUUCGGGACAUGACGGAGCUGUUUGAUCUUAGAGAGCUGCGAGUUUUGAACAUGGCAUGGUAAGUUGAAACGCUUUCAAAUGUUGACUGUUUUGACCCACUUUUUUCAGUCCGUUCCAAUUCAAUGCCGAUGGUUCCGACGACGUCGCCGCCCAUUUCUGUCAAUGCCUGGAGGCUGGAUCCCGACUGCUCAAGCUCCGAACCCUUGAUUUAUCGAAAACGAGGCUGACUAAGAAUAAUGCUGAGACGAUCAUGAGGACCGUUCCGACAAUUCAACAUUUGAGCACAAUCGGAACCGGCAUUGAUCUCAGUAAUCGCGUCGAAGGGUACAGCACCAACUCGCUGAACUCAACGACCAAAGCUCUGGAGCACUACCUCUCCGAGCACAGUGCUCAGAUGAUUGGCGCCGUGCUGAAGGAAAGCUUUGUGCUCACGGAUGAUUUCCAUUUCGACAUGACGGGCGGCUUCAUUCCUUUCGAAGACAUUAUGAUGUUCACGACAUGCAUGAUCUCCGUCCUUCGCCGCUACAAAAACGACGCCACGAUCCAAGGGGAAGCGGUUGUUAAUUUGUGGACACUAACUGAAUCGACAACUUCUCUUCUUCUGGCUGACACGGACUGGAGCGACAAGAUCACGGAAUGGGUCGCCAAACUUUUGGAUGUGUUCGAUGCGUGCGAUCAGUCGCAUCCCGAUUGCAAACGAUACGUCACGUGGUAUUUGUGGUCAACGCACAGGAUCGGAAUGUUUGUGGACAUGCCAGCCAACUCUCAACGAAUACUCUUCCUUGCUAUGGACAUGCUGAUGGAGCAGAAGGACGACGUGACGGCAGUCGAUGUGAUCGGCGAGAUGUUCCGCGGAAUGACGUGCGCACUGAGUCAUUUGGAGCAAGAGCAGAUCACUCCUGCUCUUGACCGUCUUCUGUGUGUUCUGUCCAGUCUCACAUUGGAGGAGGAACGCGGAAACGAUCAUUUCGCCGUGUGCAUCGAAAGCUGCGUCGCAUCGAUCCGCCUGAUUUUGGAUCGGUUCGAAUUCGAAACGCCGGAUGGGUUUGUCGAACGGCUCAUCGACGUUUUGCGGCAUUCACGGAAUAACGAAAAGACUCGACUCGACGUUCUGGAACUGCUCAACCGGCUGAUCGGAAGUGCCGGAAAGCACGAGGAGUUCCGCACUCCAUCGGCAAUUGAGACAUUGAAGUGAGUUCCAUUCAGAGAAGGUUCAUCAACACUUAUUGAUUUUUUGCAGACAAUUCUCAUCGGCUGACAUCCCGGCUGAUAACGACGGGUUUUUCGAUGUUACCGCGUGCAACAUUGCGUUUCUCGCAUUUUCGCUCCUCUCCCGACUACUUCUCCACCCCGCGGAUCUAUCGGAAGACGUCCGGACUCUGAUCAACCGUCAUCUGCUCGACGUCUACUCUCGUCCCUUCAUGAGAAAUGUCAACCUCGCGUGGCUGGGAACGGAUCACUGGAUCGAUGACGUGCGGAUCGCCGUGAGCAGUGAGGGAACGCUCGAAGCCUCAGUCGUUUGGGCGCUUUACACGCUGCUCGAAGGACUACAGUUCGCCGAAUUUCGAGAGAGCGUCGACGAAGACAUGUCGGACGCAGUCAGGAUACUCAUGUUGGACGAUCGGAAGGGAGUCGCUGAUUUGGCUGCGCAAGUCGCCUAUGAUCUCCCUGAAGACUUUUAUUAA